UUUCAAUAUUUUAGUGAGAUGUUAUAUAAAUAGAUUUCCCGUAUCAUGCGAAACAAUCUAGGACCUUUGGGCAGAAAAGAACGAAUGGAGAGACAUUGUGGUUUAAUGGAAACAGAUGGAAGUGCCGAGCAAGUACAAGAAGAAGAUGCAGAACAGCGGGCGCUGCCAGUUCAGCACCAAGAAGUAUGGAGUUGGGGAGCCGGCACCGAGGGGCAGCUGGGGACGGCCAAGCUUCAAGACGAACUCCUCCCACAACUCAUCCUCCCCCCUUCUGCUGCCGCCGCCGCCGCCGGAUCCCCCAUCUCUCUGCUCGCCUGCGGCGGUGCUCACGUUAUUGCCUUGACCCCUGGUGGGAGGGUUUUGACAUGGGGACGGGGCACGUCCGGACAACUAGGUCAUGGGGAAUCCAUGAACAGUCUCCAACCGAAGCCUGUAAUGGCCUUGGAAAGCUUUUUCAUAACCCAUGCUUCUGCUGGAUGGAGCCACUCUGGAUUUGUCUCAGAUACUGGAUGCCUUUUCACUUGUGGACAUGGCUCAUUCGGUCAGCUUGGGCAUGGUGACUACAAGUCACAGUGUUCUCCUAUUGAAGUUUCAUACUUCAAUUCCAGGCAUGUCAAACAGAUAGCAUGUGGUAUGCGCCAUUCCCUGGUCUUGUUGAGAGGAUCAGUUGAUGCAACACAUUCCAGAGAUCAAGUUUAUGGAUUUGGGUCCGGGAAGCGUGGUCAACUGGGCGUUUCCAAGGCUAGGAUGGGAAAAAUAAAUCUACCUCAAGUUACUCUUGGAUUAGAUGACGUUGAGAUAGUUAGCAUUUGUACAAAUGGAGAUCAUAGUGCCGCAUUAUCUGCUGACGGGCAUCUGUACACUUGGGGAAGAGGGUUCUGUGGUGUUUCUGAUGCUUACUGCCCCCAGCGUUUACCUUCAUCUUUGCAGUUCAUCCAAGCUGCCCUUGGAUGGAGUCAUGCUUUCGCAUUAACAGGUGAUGGGGAAGUGUUUAUGCAUGGUGGCAACUUCCAUGGAGUGCUUAGUCAUCCUCAAAAGAUGAGCCCGGUGAUGCAGUUUUCUGAAGAUUCAAGAGAAGCUGAUUUGAUGAAGGUACCUGGUCUUGAGGGGAUAAAAGUUGUACAGAUUGCAGCUGGAGCUGAGCACUCAGGACUAGUAACAGAGAAGGGAGUAAUAAAGAUGUGGGGUUGGGGAGAACAUGGUCAGCUGGGCUUGGGUGAUACAUGUGAUCAGACCACCCCUCAGGCAGUUAGCCUAGCUCAACAGAUUUCCAACAAUGAGCACUCCGUUACCAAAAUUUUCUGUGGAAGUGGAUUCACGUAUGCUGUACCCCCCCUAGCAGUCCGGAUCAGGUGGGGCAAACCCAUCGUACUUACAGACAUAUGUUUGACUUAGCGUGGUCGGCCAGCCAUUACUAGGUCCCGCCUACGGACCGCACAAUCCUAUCAUGUGGAGGGUAAGACAUGACAUCAACUAGCUACGCAUCCUUGGUAUUAUUUCAGUAUUGUACAGUUAUAGAAGAUAUUUACAUGAUUACAAAAUUUAGUACGUUAUUUAUUAUGAUAUGAUAAAUCAUGUUUUACUCAGAAUUUAUACAGUCAGUUUUAUCAGAUAUAUAUAUAUAUAUAUAUAUAUAUAUAUACAUAUUAUGUACAGUUUAUGUUUAAGUACGAUAAUACUCAUGUUGGCACACACUAAUA